UUUCUCGGUGCCUGCACUUAUGCCUGGUGCAGCUCCGUGCCAGCCUUGCUGCCGAGCUGCCCGCGCUGCCCCGGAGGAGCCGCAGCUCAGCCGCACGCCGGGCCCCGGGGCCGGGGCCCCGCACCGAGCCAGGGCAGAGCAUGGCCCCAGCCCUCCCCCUGCUGCUGCUCUGGCUGUUUGUCCCCACGGUGCUCCCGGAGGUGUUUGGCCCUGGAGAUGGCACAGAGGACCCCAAGGCUCUGCAGGUGUCCAUGCCACGGCACCCAGCCCUGGAGGCCGUGCUGGCAGGCGAUGUCACCAUCCCCUGCCUCAUCACCUACCUUGGCCCCCAGCCCACCGCCAGCACCGGCGGCCGCCGCGCCGUCCUGGGCACACCCCGGGUCAAGUGGACCUUCAUCUCUGAGGGCAGGGAAGUGGAGAUCCUGGUAGCUCGUGGGGACAGGGUGAAGGUGAGUGAGGACUAUCGGCUGCGCGCCUCCCUGCCCAUCUUCCACCAGCGCUACACCAACGCCUCGCUGCUGCUCACCGAGCUGCGCCCCAACGACUCGGGCAUCUACCGCUGCGACGUGCAGCACGGCAUCGAGGACGGCCACGACAUCCUCCACGUCAAAGUCAAAGGGGUGGUGUUCCACUACCGGGAGGGCUCCAUGCGCUACGCCUACACCUUCCCCGAGGCGCAGGAGGCUUGUGCCAGGAUCGGUGCCAGCAUCGCCACCCCCGAGCAGCUCUACGCCGCCUACCUGGGGGGCUACGAGCAGUGUGACGCCGGUUGGAUCGCCGACCAGACCGUCAGGUACCCCAUCCAGACCCCUCGUGAGGCCUGUUAUGGAGACAUGAACGGCUUCCCUGGGGUGAGGAACUACGGCGUGGUGGACCCCGAGGACAUGUACGACGUGUACUGCUACGCUGAGGACCUGCCAGGUGAGAUCUUUUUGGAGACAUCCCCGGACAGGUUCACCCUGGAGGAGGCUGCGCAGCGCUGCCGGGCGCUGGGCGCGGAGCUGGCGAGCCCGGGCCAGCUGUACGCGGCCUGGAACGCGGGGCUGGACGCCUGCAGCCCCGGCUGGCUGGCCGACGGCAGCGUCCGCUACCCCAUCGUCACCCCCCGGGAGCGCUGCGGAGGGGCUCUGCCCGGCGUCAAAACCAUCUUCCUAUUCCGCAACCAGACGGGAUUCCCCGAUGCCCAGAGCAGAUACGAUGCGUACUGCUUCCGAGAAGGGACAAACUCUUUCCCUGAGGCUGCAGGAAAAUACCAAGGCCAAGAGCCCGAGGAGAAUCUCCUCCAGGAGAUUGUCACAGUGGCAGAAAAGCUGGAGGAGCUGCAGCUGCCCCGAGCGCCCGUGGAGCUCGAGUCGCGAGGGGCCAUUUACGCCGUCCCCCUCUUUGAGGACCCUGACCUGAGCAAGCCAAGCCAGACCCCUGAAGACACCCUGGGGCCACUAGCUACCUCUGUGUCCUCAGAGGAGCCGCAGGGAGCAGCACCGGGCAGAGCGGGCAGCGCAUCCCCGGAGAGCCCGGCCGGAGGGCGACACCGCGGCCAGCCCACGGAGCCGGAGGGACCCACCGCUGCGCCAGCAGAGAGCCGAGCAGCCGCUGGCAGCCCCCGCCGCGGGCACAAAUCCGGCGGGGCCAGCACCCCCUUUUCUGGGGCUGAGGACGCCGAGCUCUCCGGAGAUGUCGGGGAGAGCCCCGGGGUGUCCCCGCUGCCCCCCGCGCCCCCGCAGGAGGACGGAGAGGAGCCCUCGGGGGCCGUGUGGCUGCCCUCGCCCGCAGCGACUCCGUGGCUGCCCCGCAGCAGCACCGCACCGGCCCCGGGCACACACCGAGCGAUGCCUGCUGCACCUUCCGAGGAGGAGGAGGAGGAGGAGGAGGAGGAAGAGCAUCCCUCCGUUGGCACCGUGGAGGGUUUCCUUGCGGCCGUUCCGGGAGAAGCAGGUGGCUGUGUCCCCAACCCCUGCCUGAACGGAGGCACCUGCGUGGAGGACGGCGCCCAGCUCACCUGCCUGUGCCUGCCUGGCUACGGGGGCAGCGGCUGUGAGAGACCCCUGAGGAGCUGCAGCCCAGGCUGGGACAGCUUCCAGGGCUCCUGCUACCGUCACUUCUCCACGCGGAGGAGCUGGGAGGAUGCAGAGAGCCAGUGCAGGCACCACGGGGGGCACCUGGCCACCAUCCUGACCCCCGAGGAGCAGGACUUCAUCAACGACCAGUACAGGGAGUACCAGUGGAUCGGCCUCAACGACCGCACCAUCGAGGGCGAUUUCCAGUGGUCUGACGGGAGCCCCUUGCUCUACGAGAACUGGCACCCCGGGCAGCCCGACAGCUAUUUCCUCUCCGGGGAGAACUGCGUGGUCAUCGUGUGGCACGAUGGUGGGCAGUGGAGCGAUGUGCCCUGCAAUUACCACCUGUCCUACACCUGCAAGAUGGGGCUGGUGCAGUGCGGGCCCCCCCCCGCGCUCAUCCACGCCCGAGCCCUGGGCAGAGCCAAGCAGCGCUACGAGAUCGGCUCCACCGCCCGCUACCGCUGCCGGCCGGGGCUCGCUCCCCGCCGCUCGCCCAUCAUCCGCUGCCGGGAGGAUGGCACCUGGGAGCCCCCCCAGCUGGCGUGCCGGCCCGGUGUGGCUGAGCCCCCCAACAAGUGAGGGAGUGCCUGGGCUGGCAGCCAGCACCUCCCCAGUGCCCGGACUGGUGUGGAUGGGGACGGCACUGGGACCUCGGAGUGUGGAGUGAAACCUCGCUUUGGGUGUCUGCCCCCUUCGUUUGUUUUAUACCUGUACAAAGAAAUGCUAAAAAAAUUAAAAGAGCCCCUUGAAAGGAGCUGACGGUGCCCCAAAAUGCAGCAGAGCAGGAGCUGUGUCCCCAGAGCCACAGCAGAGCUGAAAUCCAGGGGACACCACGGGCCAGCAUCACCCUCCCAUCCUGCUGGGGUUGGCAUGGGGACAUCCGAGCUCUGCUGCAGCUCAGCACCCACCCAGAGGGGUCUGGGGGGGAUUCUGCACCUCCCUGGGAAGCAGAAGCUGCUGCAGCAGGCUUGGAGUGGGGACCUGCUGCCCAAACCCCCUCCCCGUGCUGCU